AUGCACCACCAGCCAAACGAUAUACCAUGGCAUCUACUUGCCUCGAAUCUUCACUGGGCCCCGGGUGAGCUCGCACCGCAAAUUCGCGCCCUAAAUCUUCCUCAGCUCCCCGGCAAAUUGAAGGACAAAAAGGGCUGCACAUGUGGUGUCACUAACUUGCACCCAAAUUCUCCUGCGCCCCAGUCUCCUGAUCAAAAUGAAUUCGCUCGGGCUUUUGCACAGGCCGUGUCUGAUGCUUCGAAACGCAAGCGAGCCCAGUACCCGGAGAAGUACAGUCCCCCCAGUCCCAGUGAUAUUCUCUUAGGGGAUGAGCUCUUUGAAAAAGUCGAUUCCCUUUUGUCCCAGGAGAUAAAAGGUGGGCCUAGGCUUCCGUUUGAGCAAAGAACUGCUUCCGCAUUCCUUCACCCGUGGGAGUGUGAUGAUCAUUGCAAUUGGCUGAGUUCAACCGAGAUCGGAUUUCUCAAUCUAGAGGUAGUUAAGCUGCUGCUUAUGCUAGGCGAAAUGGGUCCAAUUCUUCAGGCAUGCGCCCACCCAGACGAAGGACUUUCAGGAUGGUACUCUGCUGCCGCCUGUGAUUGCAAGGCAAGCCCCUAUGACCUCGGGUGGGAUAUGGCCCUAUUUAACGCUCUGGAAGCCUAUAUCGUACUUAACGUCGCCCUUUGUUUCCCGCAACUCUAUGACCCAAGAGCGGGCCGAACUGAUGAAACCGACUAUCGUCAUACAGCAUUCUAUCAGUCCAUGCUGAGAAGUGUCACUGAGUCGUGUGAUUCCGAAGCCACGUCCUAUCCACACCAGAAGUUUUUUGGGAUUCCCCGUGACCAUUUUGAAGAACUAUUUGACAUUUCUGGGAAGAUCGACCAGAUGCACUGGCUCCAUGGCACAGACAUCAUAAAACGGGCCGGUCACUAUGGUCUACUCUCAUUUGAUGAGUUUCUCAACUUAGAAGGUUCAUUGGAUGAUCAAUUUCAGCCAUCGGAAUCUGACGUUGAAUCCGUGAAAAAGGCACUUCUUUUCAAAGGCCUUCCCCUCGAGAUUGUGUUUAUGGUCAUGGAGUUCGCUGAUUAUAACGCUAAGAGGGUCCUUGAGGUCCCGCAUGAUCCCCUCCACCCUGCUAACAGAGCUGCACUGGACCAUUACCUUGAUCAAUGCUGGCAAAUAAUCAUUGGCUGUAACAUCAUGAACGAUGAACUUGACCAGAAAGCUCCUUUUACCGCAAUGGAUCGAUAA